ACUGCUAUAUUGACACUGUGGGUUCUACAGCAUUUUUUACUGUAAUUAUCUAGGUUUGCUACUAUGUCUGAGACUGCUCCUGCCGCGCCGGCUACUCCAGCUCCAGCAGAGAAGACACCUGUGAAGAAGAAGGCUAAGAAGCCAGCGGGUGCUGCAGGAGCGCGACGAAAGGCGUCUGGGCCCCCGGUGUCUGAGCUGAUCACCAAGGCCGUGGCCGCUUCCAAUGAGCGCAGCGGCGUGUCUCUGGCUGCCCUCAAGAAGGCGCUGGCGGCCGCCGGCUACGAUGUGGAGAAGAACAACAGCCGCAUCAAACUGGGGCUCAAAAGCCUGGUGAACAAAGGCACCCUAGUGCAGACCAAGGGGACCGGCGCCUCCGGCUCCUUCAAGCUCAACAAGAAGACUCCUGCGGGCGAAGGCAAAGGCAAGGCCAAGAAAUCGGCCUCUGCCAAAGCCAAGAAGUCAGCAGGAGCUGCCAAGAAGCCCAAAAAGGCCACGGGGGCGGCCACCAAGAAAACCUUAAAGAAGACACCGAAGAAGGCUAAGAAACCGGCGGCGGCGGGGGCCAAAAAGGCAGCCAAGAGCCCGAAAAAAGCCAAAGCUGCUAAACCCAAGAAAGCGGCUAAGAGUCCUGCGAAGGCUAAAGCCGUGAAGCCCAAGGCAGCUAAGGCGAAGGUGACCAAACCUAAAACAGCCAAGCCCAAGAAGGCGGCGCCAAAAAAGAACUUUGUGGUGACUCUCGGUCUUCUUGGGCAGCAACACAGCCUGGAUGUUGGGCAGAACGCCGCCCUGGGCGAUGGUAACCUUGCCCAGCAGCUUGUUGAGCUCUUCGUCGUUGCGGAUGGCCAGCUGAAGAUGACGGGGAAUAAUACGAGUCUUCUUGUUGUCCCUGGCGGCGUUACCCGCCAGCUCCAAGAUCUCGGCGGUCAGAUACUCGAGCACAGCAGCCAGAUACACAGGAGCCCCGGCACCGACCCGCUCAGCAUAGUUGCCUUUGCGGAGCAGACGAUGAACGCGACCCACGGGAAACUGAAGACCAGCUCGGGAAGAACGGGUCUUAGCCUUAGCGCGAGCCUUGCCUCCCUGCUUCCCUCUUCCAGACAUGGCGACUAGAGCAAGCUUCCGACAAGACGAAAGAGCAACUACCUAACGUCAAACAACAGAACCUAUUAUACCAUUUUGUGGUAGGCUAAAGUAAGCUUUCCGAUUGGUUAAA